AUGCUGAUCAGUUCUUUAGCCAGUGUAUAAAUUAAAGAUAUAAGUUUUAACGAAAAUCAUUCUAUGGCUCUUUCAACAAACAAUUAAGUUUAUAGCUGGGGUUUUAAUCUUGAUGGAGCAUUGGGAAUUUAAUUUGAUGGUGAGUACUCAUCUACACCUCUAUAAAUAAAUUCAAGUUUGAUACAAGGGAAUAUAGAAAAAAUAUGCACAGGGAAAUAUAAUUCUGGAAUAAUCUCAGAAUAUUGCACUCUAGUAUCAGGUAGAAAUGAUGAUGGAUGUUUAGGACUUCACUAGCAAUCCUUAAUUAUUCAUGUGUUUAGCUAAAUUAAAAUCUAAGAUGAAACAAUAAAAGACAUAUCUUUUGGUAAUAAGUUUCAUACUUUGAUUUUAACAUCAAAUCAAAAAGUAUAUGGUGUAGGGAACAACUAGAAGUUUUAACUUGGCACAGGAAAUAAUUAACCUGUCAAAUAGCCUAAGGAAAUAUAGUAUUUAAGAGACAAAAAAAUAAAAGAAGUGAAAGCAGGAGAUUACUCGAUGUCAAUUGAUGAAAAUGGAUAGGUCUAUGUUUGGGGAAUUGGGAAUAUAUUGAUUCCAAAUCCUCUGUUCAAGAAAAAGAUUAAUGUUGAUCAGAUUGAACUUUCUUAAGGUUAUAUUUGGAUGCUUUUAGAUGACUAGAAACUGUUUAAUGCUAAAGUUAAAGAUCUAAUCUACAAUGACAAAAAUAAAAAACUUAUUUAAGAAAAUGUUGUCAGAUUUUCAGUCGGUAAAGAUUAUUUAGUGGCUCUUGGAGUUGAUUUAGAAAGCACCAAAAACUCUAUUGUCAAAUGCAAUCAGUCAUAAGCUUCAGUAACUGAUUAUUCCUUAGCUGGAUCAAGUAAUAAUAAAAAGUAAAAUUUAAACUAAUCAACAUUAAGCAUAAUAAAUAGCCCAGCUUUAACGUAGGAACAUUCUUUUAAUGAAAUUAACUAAUCACCUAGAUCUAUAAAUAAUCCAGCGAGAUCAAUUUCCCCGCUCAUAAAUAAUUAGCAAUCUAAAUUUUUGGGAAAUGAAAAGCUACAAUAACCAUUUAACUUUGAGUAUAAAGACUACUAUUCAUAAUAGAACAUACCAAAGCCCUACUCUUACCAAUUUGAUGAUAAAGAAAAUUUAUAUAGAAAUCAGGAUAAUAGAUAUAACUCUGUUUCACCUAUAAGGCCAAUAAAUAAAACACCAGAGUCUAAUUAUUUCAAAGAUAAGGAAAGAUUGCUCAAAGAAUAAAUAACAUCUCAGGAGAUUUAGAUAUCUUUCCUUAAAGAAAAGUUAGCUCGAUAGGAAGUGCAGUUCGAAAAUGAAAGAAGAGAUUUGCAAAGAAAAGUGUAGGGAGCAGACCAGAAACUCCAGUUGAAAGAACAGCAUGUGGAAAACUAAGAAGUCAAAUUAUUAGAAUUAAGAGAAUAAGUUUAGAUGGUCUAAGAGCAUUAUUAAAAUAUGCAGGAUAUUAUGAAGAGAGAUCAAAAUGAAAAAGAGAAGUACAAAGAGGAGUUUAUUAAAUACAAAAAAGACAAUAAAAUACUGAAGGAGCAAAACAUGCUAUUAAAUGACAAGAUAAUGCUGAUGGAGCAAUAAAUACAAGAACUUGCCCAAGAAAAUAUACAGUUGAGUCAACUUAAGGAAGUUCAUUAAGAAUACACAAAGCUAGAUAAUUAUGCCUAAGAGAUUAAUCAGCUAAAUGAACAAGCAAAGGAUGUAAUUUGCUAACAAGAGCAAGAAAUUAGUAGCCUAAAUGAAAAGUUAAAUUAAAUGUAAUUGAUGGUUGAUGAUUCCUAAGCCAAAAGAGACUCUCAGAAGUAAAUCAUCAAAAAUCUAAAGGACACAAAUAUGAUCAUCAACUAGACACUAAUAAAAUAUAAAUACAAGAUAAAGAAUCUGAAGGAGCAAAAGCAAAUAUUUUAGCAUAAUGAGUAUAAUUCAAAAUCAAAGUCGCCUCAAAUUAGGUCAAAGUAAAUGAUUUUCAAUAAUUAAAAACAUUUGGUUAAAUUAUUCGAGGAGUGCAUGGAUAAAAAUAACAAGGAAAACACACAUGCAAACCUAUUUGAUAUUUCAUCUCAAGAUCGUAGUAAAGAUAGAAUACAUGUUCAGUUGACAAGAAAUAACAAUAAUCUGAGUAACUUGUUGACAUCAGAUGAUCAUUCAAAUCAGACCUAGGACACAAACAACAAUAAUCGAUAGGAAAAGUCAACUAAUCAAAAUAACCACAACUUAUCUUAAAACAUCAUAUUUGUGUAGACAGAUGAUCUUCAGCAAGUAAAGCAAAAUAAAAGUGCCUAAAAGAGCGCUCGAUCAGAAAUGGAAUCAACAUUUAACUCGGUAAGAUAAUUUUAGCUUAACUUUAUAGCCAAUAAAUUCAAGGAAGAUGCUCAAGCAAAAAAUAUUAGAUUAUUAGGCAAAACUAAACAGACUCUUAAGAUGAAAAAUAUACUUUUAAUUAUUAUUUGA